AUGUCCAACGUUGAUAUUAAGGCCGCCGGGUGGAAGUUAGUCGAGGUUGGUCGAGUGGUCACCCUCCGCUCUGGACCUUUCGACGGCAAACUUGCAACCGUCGUUGAGAUAAUAGACCCUGGCAGAAUCCUGGUCGACGGCCCCUCGUCGAAAGAAGGCUCAGUCGUUCCCCGACAAGCUGUUCCCACCAGCAACGUUUCCCUCACACCCUGGGUCAUCCCCAACCUGCCAAAGGCCGCCGGUACCGGUCCAGUGAAGAAGCUGUGGGAGAAGCAUGAGAUAGACAAGAAGUGGGUAGAGUCGAGUUGGUCAAAGAAGCGAGACCAACAAGACCGACGGAAGAACCUGACAGACUUCGAGCGAUUCAAGGUGUUGAGGCUGAAGAAGCAGGCACGAUUUGAGGUGUCGAAGGCACAUGCGAAGAUUCGAGCGACGGCAAAGGCAUAA